AUGCUGUUGAACAAAGGUGCCGACGUCGACACUCAAGGCGGAUUCUUGGGAAACGCAACCAAGGCUGCAUCCUUUGGGGGCCAUGAAAAAGUGGUCCAGAUGCUCCAGGACCAGGGCGCCGACAUCAACGCCCAGGAUGAAGUUUAUGGUAAUGCACUCCAGGUCGCAUCACUCGAAGGCCAUGAAAAGCUGUGCGGACAGCUCGGGAAUGCACUCCAGGCUGCAUCGUGCAGAGGCGAGGAAAAGGUAGUGCAAACGCUGUUGGAUCGAGGUGCCGACGUGAACGCGCAAGGUGGGCGAUAUGGCAAUGCACUCCAGGCUGCAUCAUACGAAGGCCAUGAAGGACUGGUGCAAAUGCUGUUGGAUCGAGGAGCCGACAUCAACGCCCAGGGCGGACACUACGAUGCUGCUCGAUCAAGGCGCCGACGCCAACGCCCAAAGUAG